UGCUGGCCGGCGUUAGGACCCAGCGGAGGCAGCACAGCGCCAUAUAAAUAGAGUCCCAGAAUGGGACAAAGUUUGAGAAGAAAGGAUGACGCCAUCCCCCAGCUGCUCCCCACCCAAAAGGGUCUGGAUGGAGGUGCAAACGUGAGCGGGACGGCGAGGAGGGAGCAGCUUGUCCAGCCCCGUUCCUGGGGAAAUCGUGAGGUCUGUGCCCUGUGUGCUCUAAGGAAGCUCAUUUUCUUGCUGGCAAAACUAAAACUGGCUUCGGAUCUCCUGCAGCGCAAAUGUAAUUGAAAGGAAAAGACAACCAUAGGAAGAAAGCCGAAAACAAAAUCUUUUUGGCACAGAUCGUAACAAACUUUUUGACUCCUUUCCACGGAGCAGAACAACUUUCGGAUCUGAUGCGCUUCUUUUAACUUUCCUCCAGUCGCGGUGAUUUAUUAAUAGCUAAAUGAAGAGAUCAAAGUGUGAAGCAAGCAAAUACUACUCAAAGGCUCUGGAAGGAUAUUUUCUCAUCCCUGAAGGAAUGGACUUUUUGUACCUGCAUGGAAAAUGUCCUUUUUCACACAGAAAGUAGCAAAAGAAACCUUAUGACUGCAAUCUUGCAGGAAUUUGAUUUGAGUUGUACUUUUAACCUUAGAUACACCAUGGAGAAUUUGUUAUCUCUGCUCUGUUGUUGUUAUUCUUUGCUGGUUUUCUUUCAGUACAAAUAUCAGGUGUCUGGAAACUCUUCCCAGCUACCCAAACACCCAGGGUUCAAAGUUCUCGCCUCAGCUUCCCAUUACUGGCCGCUGGAAGAUGUGGAUGGAAUUCAUGAGUUUCGGGAUACGAAUGGAGGUAGACAAAGGAUUCCUUGACAAUGGCAAUAACAUAAGUAUUUGUGUCAGUCUCUCUAAGAAUCCACAACUUCACUGUGCUUCCUUCCCAUAACUCUACCUUUGUAUAUACCAAUGACUCUGCCUACUCUAACUUCUCUGCAACUGUAGAUAUUGUAGAAGGAAUGGUGAACAAAGGAAUUUACGUCACUGAAAAGAAAGGCGUUACCUUUCUCUUCUUCGGAAGCUAUCAAAACUCUUGCAUUAGUAAUCCAGAAGUUUGUGGACCUGAAGGAGUAACGUUUUCGUUUUUCUGGAAGACUCAAGACCGGCAGGCCAAGUUUCUCCCUGCCUCUGGUGGACAAGUCAUCUCCAGUGGCUUCAAAAUCUGUUCAAACGAAGGCGAAGGCUCGGUGGAAUUCUACACCCGUGGAAGCGCGAUGAUGAAGUGGAAAGCAAGCUUUAGUCCCCCAGGUCCUUAUUGGACUCAUAUUCUCUUUACCUGGAAAUUGAGAGAAGGACUGAAAGUCUAUGUCAAUGGGACCCUGAACACCACUGAUCCAGACGGGAAGGUUUUCUAUGAUUACGGAGACCCCAGUGCGAAUCUGCUGACGGGGACCGAGGGGGAUCAAACCAAGCGCUACGUGAAUGGGGCGUUUGAUGAAUUCAUCAUAUGGGAACGGGCCCUCACCCCCAGUGAGAUCGAGCAGUACUUUACCGCUGCUAUCGGUGUGCAGGUUUUGCUUUCGUCGACACUCCCAUGGUCUGUGAUGACGAGCACCACGAGCCCUGCGGUCUCUACGAACGCCUACCGGCCCAUCAUCACCAACCUGACCGAGGAGCGAGGGAACUUCCACUCCCCACACGUCAUGCUGGGCUACCUGGAGAACGUGUCCCUCAGCCUGCCCAACAAAUCGCUGUCGGAAAGCACGGCGCUCAGCCUCACCGAGGCAUUUUUAAAAGUUAUUGAAGACUUUCUGUUACUGCUCAACUGGAUCGAUGUACCGGAGAGCGCUCAUAUAUUUGGAAGUUUAAUUCAGACUAUUGACAGUGUGAUGGCUCAUAUGACGUGCAACCUGGACGAAAACUCAUUGCCUUUAACUGUGGAGGGCAUGUCAUCUGUGGCAGAUUACAGCUUGGUCAAAAUGCGUCCUCAGACCCUGAAUUUGUCCCAUUAUCGAUUUCCAUCUCGAGGACACAGUUAUAUUUCCAUUCCCAGUGAAGCUUUUCAUGAAAAAGCUUGGAUCACCAUCAUCGGCCUGCUUUACCAUAACAUGCAUUAUUUCUUCCAUACUAUCAACCCUAUGGAUACAAAGAUUGCUGAAGCUGCUGCCCACAGAGGUUACAUGAUCUCAGUGACCAGUUUCCUUAUCUCCAUCAAGGUGGAACCUCUACCCAGGCUGUCUCACAAUCUCUCAGGAUCUCCCCUGAUCACCAUCCAGCUCACCCACAGACUGACUCCCAAACAAUACAGCCAAGCGCUAAACAAGAGUAACAGAGUUCAUCUUUACUGUGCAUUUCUGGACUAUAGCAAUGGAACGGGCGUCUGGUCUAACAAAGGUUGUGUACGAGAGAGCGGGGACCUCAACCACUCAGUGUGUCUUUGUAACCAUCUCACCAACUUCGCCAUUCUGAUGCAAGUGGUGCCUCUGAAGCUAACAAGAGAACACCAGGUGGCCCUCUCCUCCAUCACUUACAUUGGCUGCGCUCUGUCCAUCUUCUGCUUGACGAUCACCCUGGUCACAUUUGCUAUAUUGUCGUCAGUCAGCACCAUCCGCAACCAGCGCUACCACAUCCAUGCCAACCUGUCCUUUGCUGUCCUGGUGGCCCAGAUCCUGCUUCUCACCAGCUUUCAGUUCAGCCCUGGGACGGUGCCUUGCAAGAUCUUGGCCAUUCUCCUUCAUUUUUUCUUCCUGAGUGCGUUUGCAUGGAUGCUGGUGGAAGGGUUUCAUCUUUACAGCAUGGUGAUCAAAGUGUUCGGGUCAGAAGAGAGCAAGCACUUCUAUUAUUACGGAAUUGGAUGGGGCUGCCCACUGCUGAUUUGUGUGAUUUCUACAGCAUCGUCCCAGGACAGCUAUGGGGAAAGUGGCAACUGCUGGCUUUCACUGGAGAAUGGAGCAAUCUGGGCUUUUGUGGCGCCGGCGUUGUUUGUCAUUCUGGUCAACAUUGGCAUCCUCAUCGCCGUCACGAGAGUCAUCUCGAGAAUCAGUGCCGAAAACUACAAGGUCCACGGAGAUGCCAAUGCCUUCAAACUCACAGCUAAAGCCGUCGCUGUUCUCUUACCCAUCUUGGGAAGCUCGUGGAUCUUUGGGAUUUUGGCCGUCAAUGCCCAUGCCUUAGUAUUUCAGUAUAUAUUUGCUGUUUUCAAUUCGCUACAAGGAUUUUUCAUGUUCCUGUUCCACUGCCUUCUGAAUUCAGAGGUCAGAGCUGCCUUUAAGCACAAAACCAAAGUCUGGUCCCUCACCAGCAGCUCGACCCGCAACAUCAACGUGAAACCCUUCCAUUCAGACAUUAUGACUGGGACCAGGCCGGCCACAACCCCCACCAAGCUCAACACCUGGGACAAGAGCAGCAAUUCAGGCAACCGCAUUGAUUUAUCAGCAGUGUGACGGCAGCACCAGCUUCGCCCUGGAAAUCGAGCCGUACGUCCAGGACCCUGACGCAGUGUCACCGUUGGUCUUCUUUCUUCUCACCAUUCAUACCAGCAGAAAACUGCUUUUUAAUCACUGCCUAAGAACUUGGAAAUCGCCAUAUUGGGGUUUUUUGAGUAAAUAGCCCUCAUUCGCUUGCCUUCAAAACCGUAACACAUUCUACCACUUGGCCAUUAGCAAUAUCUGUAAAACUAACUAGCACAAGUAUACACUGGAUGGUUUUGUCAGCAACGAUGAAAACACUAGGUACGCAGAAAGGGCAAUAAGCUAUCGGAAUCAUUCCAGCUCCCAGCACCGAGAGGCAACGAACCUCUGGAAAGAUGGACUUUUAUGCUCUAAAAUAACAUUCUUCCCAUUGUGAUGUUGUAAUGGGGCUAUUCUGGUCUUGCUGUGUGCUCUCUGUUUACAUUUAUUACUUACAGAUCCAAUUAUCAAAGUGAAACCUAUUCAAAAUACAUAGCACGGUGAUUAAUUGAGAUGCUACGAGGAAGCCAGAACUGGAGGGAGAAGUGGGUUCCAGCUACUCAGGUCUCAGCUCGGCCGUGGGAUCAGCCAAGGUAACAUGCACGUAUGUCUCUGUGUACAUAAAUAGUGUAUGUAACAGGUAAAACAGGUAUGUGGCCCAUUAGUAUUUUAGAUAUUCCUGUUUACAUUGUAUCUGCAAAAGGCAGAAACAGCCAAGGGUGUCCUAUAGCUAUCCAAAGCAUUUCUAUCGCUGAUUUGUGUCUGCUGACAUAUCACAAUGCAAAGUGUUUGUGCUGCUUUGCCCGAAGCUUUUGGAUGCAAUCAGCAGCUGCCCAUCAAGCGCAUGUUGCAAACGCGCUGUAGCUUUUGGAAACCAAAACCUGGCACUGUGACUUAUCUUCCUCCUUUUACUGGUCGAACGCAGACACUGAAUUCCAACCUCAAAUACAUAACACAACGAUAUACUGUGAAGACAGCCAGACUACAAAUAAGCCUAUGCAUUGUUACCUACAGACAUCUUUUAAAUAGGUCUCUGCAGAGCCUUUUGUGGUUUUAAACUCUGCUCAGCACUUAAUAGCUUCUGCUUUAGUACUGCUAUGAGUAUCUGUAAGGAGAAAAAACCAACACUGUAAUUUUUCUUUUGACCAGUGUUCUGUACGUUCUCAGAGCGACAUUUGGAGCGCAGGGGGGGUAAUCUCAGCUGUGCCCACGAUGCACCUUUCCCGCUGGGGGUGAAGCUGAAUGUAAAGCUGGGAGGUCAGAGCCCUAAACCUGUGUCUUGCUCCAGGAUUUACAGCAUCCGGGGGCUCCGGAACCCUUUCCAGAGACGAGUCCCCUUGGCCGAUGCUGUUGCAGCCGUGUCUGCGCGUCCCGGCUCCUCCUGUUUGCAGUCUGGCCACCAGCCCAGGUGUACUGGUUUGCAGGAACCAGCAAGGUAACUGUAUUGGCUUUCCCGAUACACCGGGCUAUCAAACACUACAAAAAGAGGUGAACAUGCAAAUCUUCAGUCUUGUUUUCUGGUGGUUUGGGGUUUUCUCUGUUUGUUUUUCCCCCUUAACUAAAGGUCUGUACCUUCAUCAGCUCAGACUGUUUCUGGUCCCAGUGAAUCUUGCAAGAUAUCUACUACUGAUUUCCAAGAGAAAAGCUAUUUGCACCCUAAUGUGCAGGGUGGAAAUAAUUGUUUAUUAGAUAGCAAAUUUGUAAAAAAACCCAACAAGAUAAAAGUAAAUUGAUCUUUAGGUAACAGGAAACAUUAGUUAAUUAGGACUGAUUUUAGUGAAGUGCUUCAUCCAAAAGAAGCGGAGUUGAAAGUUUAGAAAACAGUAAUGCGCUUCAUUUUUUAUUGAUUUAAAGAGAGUUUUCUCCGUGUUCCCUUCCUGCACUAAUUAACAACGAUCUGUUCCAGUUUGGGCCAAUCUUUUCCACCUCCUGUGCCAAGACCCGUUGGUACAGUCACCAAACUGAAACCCCACAACGCGCCCAAGUUUGUCUGUGGCUACAAAUGGAAACAUCCUACAGAAAUUCUCUUAGUUUCAGCAGCUAGAUGCUGGAUUUAUGCGUGACCAGAGCAGCACACGACAUGCUGCGUGAAAUGCAUGCAUGUGUGAAAUAUAUAGGCGUCUAUGCUUGUGUUUGCUAUUGCUAAAUAACAAGUUGUUGACAGAUAACUUUAAAAGGCAGGUCAGUAAAAGCCAAAUAUCUAAGUGGCUAUGUCUUUAUUUUGGCUUUUGUACAUGGCGUUUCCUGAGCCUUUGCUACAUGGGACUGUCUUCCAGCUGUGCAAACAUCUGGGCUGUUCUUGGCCUAAGAAUUCGGAUGUUUUUUCUUUCCCCCAAAAGACACAGUAGAAGGAGCCCUUGGAAUGUAUGGAAGGGACUGUAAUAGAACAGUACUGUGACAACAGCCUUCGGUGUUUGUGUUGUGCUCAGACAAUGUAUUUAAGCAUAUUUUUUAUACUGGAGCGUGUGGGUUUGUGUUGUGGGGGUUUGUGUUGUGGGGUUUGUGGGGUGGGGUUGUUGUUGGUGGUGGUUUUUUUCUUACACUGUGACCAUGGAUAUAGGUUGAAACCCUUUAUGAUCAUUUCUCUUCUAGUCAUUGUAUUAUAGCACAAACAGUUCUGUGAAUGAGUGAUAGGACAUAUAAACACUUUUUAAAAAAAAAAAAUCUUAAUUUUUAAGAAUAUUUCCCUCUACAGCGUUUUCAUUGCCUGUAUUUCCUCCUGUGCUGAUGUAUAUUGGUCAGCUAUGUCACUACCCGAGGUCCAUUUGAAAACACACAUGCGACAUACACGUGACAGUACAGAAAACCAGUAGCAUAAAGGGCUAAAUCUGUUUUUGUCCAGGUAUCCUGUGUUUUACAAUUGUCCUCCAAAAAUAGGAACAGUGUGAAAACGUUUUUGGUUCUGUACUUUGGACUGUGACACAGAUGGAUCAUAAGCUGGGGGAGCAUUUAUUAUGCUGUAUCUACCGAGACCAACGUGGGCAACCUGCGCCCCACACGUUGCCUUCUGAACGUUCCCGGUGAUGAAGAGUUGAUCUUGUUGUUGAUGUCACGCGAGGUCGGGAGCCAGAACGUGUCUGUAAUAUUAGGCUGGGUAUGAGGUUUCUUUCGUUUUUUAUAAGCUAGUAAAAAACCGUGAAGUACAAAUGUGUUCCAUUGCCAUCCAAGUCCAUUCUUUUUGUUUGAUUCAAUGUAUUUUGUUGAUAGCGAAUGCAGCAAAUGUACUGAAUAAGAAAAGCUCAAAUGAAUCUUCCAACAAUCUCUUCUUGUCCUCAGUCUUUUGAAGCCUGAAAAUCUUGCCGUUUAUUUAUGGGCUUGUAUAUAGCAGCUUUUGCAGUAUUGUUUUUCAGGACAGCAUCAUUUCGUCAGUGGUAUGAAAUCUUAAUUGAAUGAGAUGUGAGUUUUAAAAUAGGUAAUGUAGCAAGAAUGACUUUGCCAGUAAGUAAUAAAAUGAUUGAGUUUUGUUGGUUUUUUCCUCCAAAUAAAUAAGAAAUCUUAAUUUCCUAAAA